GCUGCCACAGCUCAAGACUGCCAUCACUAGAACAUAGGCAGCAGCACUCAACCUGCUUUCCAUAUCACUAACCAGGAGUGAACUGCAGACAGGCAUUAUGAAGAGUGAGGCUCCUGAAAUGAACAUACGUAGCUUUCAAAACUAGUGAUCCACCUCCCCACCCCUCCCCACCCCGCGCAGGAAAAGGGUGACUCACUGAACCACUCUUUCUCUGCUCCCCGCUCCCUUCCUUAGGUGUCUGAGUGUACUGGGGCCAGAGCAAGUUGUGCUAUCUAAGUUCUUGACAGGUAAGCUUCCUCUUUCUUCAUCACCUUUCUGGGUCUGUAUCUAAAAUGCACAUGUGGGUUGCCUGUUAAAAGAAACUGGGAAAUCACCUUUGCCCUGAUGCUGCUCAGAUGAUUAUCUUAAUGAAUCUUUGGUACAGAGGGAGGGACAAGAAAUAGUGUUAAAAUGUUGCAGGUGAUCCUGCCUAGUAUACCCUCCUCUUUCAGAUGCUUUUCUCUGUCCUCCUUGGGGAGGAAGCUUAUUUUUGUUGAAUAUUUGGCCACUAGCCUGAGUUGCACAGAGCUGAAAAGUUCUUCUGCAUAACCCCCACUGAAUUGGCUACCUCCAGUUGGUUCCUCCAUCAUUUAUGGUAAGUUGUUGUGUGGAGCCUUCUGUGGGAGCCGUGCAGGAAAACAUCCCUGAGCCCUUUGGAGCUAUUACAACCCACAGAUAGGUGCUGUUGAGGGCCUCCAUAAAGACUUUGGGACUCGCUGAGGAUGGAAGGAAAAGGUGGGAGAGAAUGAUGCUACUUUGUCCAAGAUUCUUCCGGUGGGGUAUUAAAAGCCUCGAGGGGAGUGCUCCGUCAGAUGUGCCUGCAUUCCUCCUUCUGCAGCGUACAGCUGAGAAGAAGCAGGGUAGAAGUGGGAUUGUUCACGCCUGUUCCUUUAAAAGGCUGCAGCGUGGGAAAAACCAUUGGCUGAUCAUCUCCAGAGUCUGGUGAAGUGCCGCUAUGAGCAACAUUGGGAAGCAGGCAGGACCAGGGUCCACUGUUCCGACCGAGCUGCCCAAACGAAAGAGGGGACGGCCGAGGAAGCAGCCGCAGGUAAGUGUUCAGCCUCGGCGCUUUGCCUUCUCACCAUGUUAAGAUUUAUAAGAAGGAAGCUGAUGACAGUUUUUUAGACACAAAGAAAGUGGUAUUAUUAGAAUGACUAAACUCAAAACAGUUCGGCAUGUCCAGAAAGCUCUAAUGUUUGGGUUCAAGGGCUCUUUUUUCUACUAGGCAAGACUUUCUACUAGGCAAGAAAUUAACCUGUCUACUGUUAAGUGUUGAUUGUUCAACCUUCGCUAAACUGGGAAAGGCAUUUCUAGCAGCAUAUCUUACAGCUUCAAACAGGAGCAUGAUUCAUUUCUUCACUAUUAGCUGCUAAUACUGAGUAUGGUUGAGACAGCUGGGGCCACCUUCAUAGGUAUGUGAAGGGGCACACCUUAUGUAGCCAGGGAGGUCUCCUUACCUUGAGAGAUUGGCUGAAGAUUAGAAAGGGAAGGGCAAAAGGUCUGGACAUGUCUCCAACCCCCAUUCCUUCUUGAAACCAGGAAAUGGACUUUGUGCUGACUGGGGUUGGUGCAAGUUGUAGUUGAAAGCAUCUAGAGGGCACCAGGUUGGGGAAGUCUGGGUGGCAUCUUCACCUGGCUUGCAGUCAGAUUGAAAUGCACAUAAAUGCAUCUCAGUUGGCAGGGCAAUUGCUUUGUGAGCAAACUUGUACAGUUUAACAUAUGAAUAGCAGCUGUAUUGCCACCAACAUUUGGUGCUGUUUAUCACUGGCCUGAGCAGUCAGAGCAACUCCCAGUCAGGAACUCCAGGUCUGCAAGACCCUGCCAAUGCCACCAGCAAGAGUGGGACUAUAUCCCAGCUCUCUGGUAUCCCUGGGUUUCUUCAGACUUACCAGUGCUGGUGCACUUUGAGGAGGGAGGAGACUGUGAGGGUUAACACUGUGAGACAAAAUUAGGGAUUGACUUCUGAAUAAUACUGUACUGCCAAAAUGACUCUAAACAUUUUGAUGUGCAACAUGGAAUGACUCAAUUCUAGGUGGAGGGUGACAUAUGUUUGUUUAUCUGCUGACCUGUAUGCCCUGGGAAAUCUCUUUUCUCACCAUACACCUGUUUUUAAAGGGAACUGAAAUUUACCUGUGAUGCUCAGUAACAUUUGCACUGCUCUAGCCCCAUAUGGGAAAGAAAAUGAAGUUGUUCUCACAACAUCCUCCUCAGAAUUCUCUUUUGCAAAUAUUGAUGUCAAAUACUCUCUUGAAGUUUCCUGGUCACUCAAAUGUUCUCUCGAUAUUUGUGAGCUGAUACACUGCAGCAUUUGGAUAGUAGUCUUUGAAUAUCUGACAGCAUUGCUGCAAUGCUACACUUAGUAUAUAGUAGUGGUUUUCAUUUUUUUUUUCAGGGAACACUUUCUAUACCUGCCAAGGAACUGCUCCAUGUUGCAAAGGAUUCUGGAGCAUGCUCUAGAGUUCAUACUCCAAAUGGAGCAGAAUUCAUCUAACUCUCAUGCACUGUUAGAACAUCCUAGAAUAUACACCAGGGGUCAGCAACCUAAGGCCCAUGGGCCAGAAGCGGCCCGCGGAGGUCGUUUGACCAGCCCAUGAGCCACCCCUGAACUGAGCCGCCUGCUCGUGCGCUGCACUAAGCCACCACAGCGUGGUGCAGGGGCUCGCUUCUGGGGCGUCAAAAAAAGGCGUACGUAGAUGCCAAAAAUCGCAGGCGUGCACGUGAUCCGGCCCACGGAGGGAUCUCCGCAGGACCAAUCCGGCCCAGGCAAGAUAAACCUUGCUGACCCCGAUAUACACAGUGUCCCCCUAUUGCUGUAACAGCACAGUAGAAUAUCAAUACAGGGCCGGAUUUAGGUUUGAUGAGGCCCUAAGCUAUGUCCAGCUGUCCUUUGUCAACAACAAAUUGUCACUGUUUUUUGUGUUGAAUAUAUGCUAUAUGGCAAUUUAUGGACCUAAUAAGUAUCUAAAGCCAUUUGCUGUAUGUAGGUUUUAUUUUAUUUGUUUUUUAUCUUAUAUUUUGGAAAUAUACAUCCAGGUGUUGUUUUUUACUUUAAUUGGGGGGGGGGGCAAGAGAGUGGGGCCCUAAGGUAUAGCUUGUUUAGCUUAUACGUAAAUCCGGCACUGGUGAUGGGCGAGGUGUUGUUUUUCUCAUUGGGAAAUCUUUAUCUAGAACAUUUAUACCAUGCUUUAUAUCCAUGAAACUUAAGGCAGCAUACAGGAGUUUCCCUUGAAAUCUCCCAUUCAGGCACUAACCAGAUCCAAAGAUGCUUAGCAUCAGUAUCAUGGCUACAUCAUUUGCCCUCAGUCCACACCGGCAAAUUCUUAAUAGGCUUCCAAAGCACCUCACCAUUGAAAGAACUUGGCUUGCAAGUCACUGCUUUGGUUGACAGUAUUUGAUGGUUGGCAAAGAAUGAGCCAUGUUUUAUAGUUGCUGUGCAUGUCUCUUUUUAUCUCAUAGAAUUGUAUGGAUAACAUGAAAUGGUAAUGAAUAGCUGACAGUUGGUUGCUUAUGAGAUUUUGGAUUGCCAAAACUGAAACACUCCAGAGUUCUUAAUCAUUUGGGUUUUGCAUGAUGAGUUACAAAUGUCACAUAUUCAAAGGCAUAUGCAAAAUAUUUUACUUUGAAAUAUCUUUAUUCAAAAUUAUACAUGAUUUAAGUGGAACAAUUGCCAAAUUUCUAAUCUUUGUAAAUAUUUGUUUCACCUUUACUCCAUGUUCAUUUACUGCUAUUCUUUCUCCCUCUCCUUUAAUGAUGUUUGUACUAGUUUUAUUUAUCCACUACUUCCUUUUUUAAAAAAAAUAAUAAUGUUAAGGUCUCUCUUCUCAUUGGAGGUCAUUCAUCAUUCUCCCACAGAAUGAAAACACUUGCAUAACUGCAUACCUAUUUUAUUUUAUUUUAUUUUAGCUUAUAUGAUAAAAAUUCUUAACAUUUUGUCUUGGAUUGGACUUCCGGGGUGGCGCCACCGGCAAUGGCGGACUCCCUCUGAACUGGAGGGACUAGCUCCGAGGAAAACGGGUGUUCUCCGCUACGGCGAAGCGGGGACCCUCUCAAAAUCACAGGCGGAUGAAGCCUGUGACCGUGGGACUCGGCGGGCACCUUUAGUGCCCCCCCAACCCACUAAGGAACCCACUAACGGGCUCCGAAGUGAAGAGGGGGAAGUGGCGCGGUGCUGUGAGUCAAUUGCUAUUUCCGUGGAGUGAAGCCGCAUAGCCGUUGCCGGAGAGCGCUGCCUUUUUCCUGGGAUAAUUUGGACUCUAAAAUAAGCACCCGUGAGUACUUAGACUUUGAACAAUUGGAUAUCAAAUAAAGACUUGCGAGUAGGAAGGAACCGGACUUUAAAAAUUUACUUGAAUUUGGUACGGAACAGGAAGGUCUAAACAGGAAGUCAGCCUUCCGUUCUUUUGUAAACAGAAUAAAGCAAAGGCAAUUUAAACUAGAGCUCAGAAAAUCGUCUUUAAAAGAUUGGAUUUCACCAUUUAAAAUUGUGAAACCCCCCUUCGACAGUAGGAGAAGGGGGGGGAUCUUUUUGGACUGUUUGAAGUGACUUUAAAGUGAAGUAACUUUCCUCCGUCCUGAUCCUGGAGCGGGGUGUCAGGACUGACGUGUGAAGUUCAUUGACCAAAGACAAGUGUUUUUGACAGAUAGCUAAAAGAAGAGAAACCUAGUGAUUCCACUGUUCCCUUUCACAUUUUUAAGGAAUAUAUAUGGACAAAGUAUCUCAAAAAAGGAAACUUUGUUGCAAGAAUAAAGAGAAGUCUUCCCCCUAGGGGGAGUCUGUGAAACUGUAACUGUGAAACUGUAACUAACUCCAGGGAACCGACAGCUGUUAUAGAUUACAACCGUGGGAACAAGUAUUUGACCUUGCAGGACAAUGUAUUCAGAAGCCUUGUUGUGUGCUCUCUAUAAAACAAAUGCUCUACUGGAACAAUUACACGAGAAGGUGAACUGGAUGGUGACUUCAACUAGAAAUUUUGAACAGGCAGUGGGAUACUUUGAACAGACAGUGGGAAAAUAUGUGGAGCCCACUCAGGAUUUAAAUCAGGAGUGUGUCUUGACAGAACAGGAGUUUUUGACAUUAAAUCAGGAGUGUGUUUUGACAGAACAGACCCAACAGGAAUAUGAUUUUUCGGAUUUGACAAAUGAACUUGGAAAAAGCCAGAUCUGGAAAGGAAAAGUUUGGUUUGGUUUGGAAAUGGGGGGCUGGAUUGACCCCCCUAUGUUGGGAUGUUUGGACUUUUCAAAUAUGGCAAUGGGCUCCGAGAUGUUUGGGACUGUGGGGGCUCUCAAUUUUGGAGGGCCCUUGAAACAUGUUUUUAAAUACUACAUGGAAUUCAGUGUUGAACAUGGAAAAGGGGCUGAUCUGUCGAGAAGGGUUAAAAACAUUGUCAAGCUGGAGUUACCAUGAGCAGGAGACAAGGGAAAUUACAGUUACAAAUAUGAAGAAGAGCCGCGGAAGGGCCAUGGAAAAGACUUGAGGGCCUCGGACAUAAGGUUGCCAGGUUAAUGGGCUAGAUUGACGGGAAUAAGGACUGACGAAACCCGGAACCAGGAGGAAGGGACACUGCAUAAAGACUGGACUUGUUCAUACCUCCCCCCCCCCUACUAUUAGAACUGUUUUAUAAAAUUGAUGAAUGAUAGAAAAAUGUUGGAAUGAAAUUACUUGGCUUUAGCAAAGAUGCUUAAAGAAUUAUGAAAGAAUAUUAUGAUUAUAAGAAGCUGGUAAGGAUAAGAUUCAAGCUUUAAGUUUUAAGGUUUAUUUUAUUAUAGAAAGAUAAGAUCAAAAUAGUUUAGGGUAAUGCAAUGAUAGAAUAUUAUGAAACAUGGAAAGGAUUUGCUGGGAUAAUUAAUAACUAGGAUACAAAGAAAGGGAGGAGGAGGAGGUGUAAGAAAGAAGGCAAUGACAGUUAAGGAUCUGAAAAUAAUGAAUUUGUUUUUAAAUGUUUUUAAAGGUUUAUGAUUUUUGUAUUUUUCUUUUUUCUGUCAUUUUUUUUCUUAUUUUGAAUUUUUUCUUAUAUGGUGGGAAGGGGUUUUUUUUUCUUUUUUUCUACUUUGUCAAUUAUUCUUACUUUUUGUACUUUCUUCUGCUUCUACUUUGUUUGUUUUUCCUUUUUGUAACAUUUUGAAAAUUUCAAUAAAUAUCUUAUAUAAAAAAAAACAUUUUGUCUUGGAUUAAGGCAUGGCCCAAUUUGAAUUCUGACAAAUGCAAUGCAAGGGCUGCAUGCAAGUCAUACUUGAGCAUAGAAGCCAAUUCCUAGGGGCCAAUGUCCCUUCAGGGGGCCCAAUAAAAUAUUUGAUCAAUUGUGUGGGGCAGAGCUUACCUACCCCCCCAUAUUUUACUCAAGUUGGCACCCUUGUACUUGGGGUAGACCUAUUGCAAUCAAUUAACUCGGCUAACUUAAAUGAUUUCUACCCUGAGUGUGACUUAGGCUGCAACCAUAACCCCACUUAACUGGGGAGUAAGCCCCACUGAAGUCAGUGAGACUUACUGUAGGUUAGGACUGUCCCUCCUUUUGCAGCUACCCAUCUAAGAAAUUGCAGUGGAUAUGAGCUGCUCCUUACUGUUUGUCCUGAUAAAGAGCUUGUUGCUCAAAAGCACCUGGGUUAAUAAAAUUCCUGUUCGAUUUCUGGUUGCUUUUGUUUUGUGCUGGUGCUGCUGCCCUUUUAAUGUGUGUGAAAUACACGAUCUUUGCUCUGUACUGUACAAGUAAAUGCCCCUUCCCUAUCCAAACAGGAGCCUGUUGGGCCAUUGCCACCAAAGAAACCUCGUGGAAGGCCAAAAGGAAGCAAAAAGCUGAGUGCUGGGAGUGGACAGAUGGUAAGAACCAGUGACAGAAAGAGCUUUCAUGCUGAUUGGCACUCAACCCAUAUCCCCCGAGAAGGAGAGAAGGAAAGUGUCCAUCCUUAUUAUUAUUAUUUUCAAAAUUUUAUUGACAUUAUUAGCACCUCAUUAUUAGCUGGGCAUUGCAUCAUACCAUAUAAAAAGCUGAUAAGCAAUAAAUUGUAAGAAAAGGAAAUAGUAAUACACCAAUAUAAAUCAAGAAAUCGAUACUUCCCAAGCGGACGUGGAUGGCGAAUAUCAAGCAUAAGAAAUAAAAUCCCACCAGAUGGCAUAGAAAUGUUCUGGAUCCUCCAACCUCCUGGAAACUCACAAUUUGUGUGUGAUUUCCCCCUUCAGAUAGCCAAAUUCUAUAGGUUCUUAUACCACACAGCCAAAUGCAGAUUUUUCAAGGUUUUCCGUUGCUAAGCUAUUGAAAUUCCAGCUGCAGCUAACAUCCAAGUCAGAAGCUCUUUUGAGCAACAAGCUCUCAUGUUGUCCAUCUACAUAUUCAAUAAUAACAGUUACUAGGAAGCCUGAACAGGUGAUUUAAUUAUUUUAGUUAUUUCUUGGUAUGCUUGGGACCAGAAUAAUGAAACCCAAGGGCAUUCCUGCCAAAGAUUGAAGAAUAACCUCACCAGCAAUGCUGCAUUAAUUGUGAUGUAAUAUGUGCCCAUCUUUAAGCAUUUGGCAUCCUCUCGUUCCUAUAGCUUUAGAAAUGAUUAAAUUCACAUGCAAAUUCCAUGCAACCUAGAAGCCUCCUUUAAUUAUCUACCACCUCUGCAUAAAUAUAUUUCACCAGCUCCAAACUCACCAUCGUCUCCCUUGGGCAGCUGCUGUUGUCCAGUUGUUUUUCAUAAUUCUCCACUACUGUAAUAUAAAUCACUGCCAGGUUCUUAUGAGCUGCCCCCUAGUGGAUUAAAUUGCAUUAAAGAGCUCAGUUGCCAUUGUGUAGCAAAUCCACUUUUUAAAAGAGGUGGUGGGUUUGCAGUUAGAAAAGUGACAGGGAAAUGCACAGAAAAGUGUGGGAUAGAUGAAUGAUGAAGGGGAAGCCACAUAAUCACUGUGCAAGCAAACCAAGAUGAAUUCAGAAUGAAUGCUCAGCAAAGACCCGACAUAGGCUAGCCUCUGCUAGGGGAGACAUGUCUCAUUUUGGUGCUUGAGGCAAAAUGCACUGCACCACCUGCAUCGACCUAAGCAUCUUCAGCAUCUUCCUCUCUGUUGCCAAUAGCUUCCUUAGAGAAGGACCCAUAGCUCGUGGGCAGAGCAUCUGCUUAGAGGGUUAUAGAUUCAAUUUCCAGGGAAGGCUGAAACAGGUGUGUACCUAGGAGCUAACCAGGUUGGCCCCACCAAGGGCGCAAGCACAGAGGAACACAAAAACCAUACCUCUCCACUCUGGCUUGGAGUGACUAGGAGCUGGAAUGCCUGCCUGUGCGCUCCCUGAGCUGCUCCUCUGCUGCUUCGGGCAGUCAACAUUGCUUGCCAAGGCCACAAAGGGCAGCGGGCGGUGAUACAGCUCCUUGCCAAGGAUGUAAGGGAGCCUAGGGAGCCUCUGAUUGGAAAAUCUUGAGAGCUGUUGCCAGUCAGCGUAGACAAUAAUACUGAACUAGAUAGACCAUUGGCCUGACACUAUAUAUGGCAGCUUCCUCAAUUUGUUUGUUCUGUCAGUGGUUUCCCAGUCAUCUUCUUAAUGCUCAUGCUGUCACGUAUCACUGUUUAUCUUUCACUGUGGCCUCUUUCCAAAGAAAUUUCUCUCUCACACACACACAGAGAGAGAGAGGGGGAGGGAGGGAGAGAGGGAGUCGUUUAGGCACUGCACUUUGAGGGGAAAAUGUAGAGUUUCUCAUUCCUUUGUUUCAGUGACCACCUGUUGACUAAACAGAAGGUUCUUUUUGUUUCUCCAUUAUUGCAGGUACACACCUCAGUUGAAAAAAGGCCCAGGGGUCGACCACGCAAAUGGGUAAGUUAAAUGGAAUCAAAAAUGCCUUUUUUAAAAAAAAAAAGUUCCUAAAGACUGAUCACAUAAGCCUGGGAUCCAGUUACGGUACAUCUGGGGAGUGACCAAACUCUGGGGAGAGGACGAACUUGCACAUCCAUUCACACAGCAUAUUUGGGACAUUUGAAAUUGCUCCUCAUCAAUAAUGCCAUGAAAUGUGCAAGAUCAGCUUGCAUGCAAGAGAUUGAGAACAAACUUUAGUAUCAACCAGCGAAAAGAAUGAGCCUGAAAUCUUGAGGCAAGCCACUGUGCUACUGAUGGAUGGACCAGCAGCCAGUCUAUUCCAAUAGCCUAAUGGAAAAUGUUGUCCUCCAGAUGUUCAUAGAAUCAUAGAAUUGUAGAGUUGGAAGGGACCCCAGGGGUCAUCUAGUCCAAUCCCCUGCAAGGCAAGAAUCUCAACUAAAGCAUCCAUGACAGAUGGCCAUCCAACCUCUGCUUAAAAACCUCCAAGGAAGGAGAGUCCAGUAUAUCUGGAAAGGCACAGGUUCUCCAGUGUUGAUCUACAUGUGGUUUAAAUUCCAUUUUUUACCAUCACCCCUUAGCAACCAAGAGGACAGCUGCAGUCCGAAACACACUUAUUUGGGAGUAGGCUCCACUGAACAUAGUAGGACUUGCUUCCAAGUAAAUAUGAACAGGCUUGCCCUAAGAUUCUUCAUCAGUUAGUGCCCUAAUUGCGUUAGUCCUUUUACUUCAGGCUUUGUGACAAUUGAUCUAUGGAGAUAGAAGAUGUUUCUCAACAACAGAAUCUAAUAAUCUGUUUUAAAUUGUAUCACCUCCCCCCCCCCCCACAUUUCUAGUAUUUCAGUAAAUUGGUUAGCUCCUAUCACCUGUGCAUAGAGAUCUCUUAUUCCGGGAUGGUCAAGGCAACUUGCAGUUUUAAAAAUCGUAAACAAUACCCCAUACUAAAAAUACAAACAGGAGGAGGCUGUACGCUAAGUAUUCAGAACCGUCACAGUGACUAGCAGUAAGACACCUGCUGACAUAGGCUGGCCUGUGGUUAAACUGCCAGCAACACAGAGAGGGGGAAAGGCUCCGUCAUGACUCACACAACAUAGCUUUGCAACUGUAUAUCUGAUACACUGCUGGAGACAAUGUGGAAUCUAAAGCAGAAGGAGAGGUUUGUUACCGUAAUACCUAAGCCUAGGUCAUGUCCACACUGUGCAUUUAAAGCACAGCAUAGGAGGGGUUGGCAGGACAGGUAAGCAAAGGGGUGCACAACAGGAGUGCCAACCUGACCCCGUAACUGUGGGUGCCCAGGGCCAUGGGUGCCAUGCAGCAUGCAUGACCCUGGCACCAAAAUUUGUGGGUGCCCAGCCCAUUCAUGGGGAAUUUUGUGGGUGCUCAGGGCCUCAGUGGUGCUGUGGGUUAAACCACAGAGCCUAGGACUUGCCAAUCAGAAGGUCGGCGGUUCGAAUCCCCACGAUGGGGUGAGCUCCCGUUGCUCGGUCCCUGCUCCUGCCAACCUAGCAGUUUGAAAGCAGGUCAAAGUGCAAGUAGAUAAAUAGGUACAGCUCUGGUGGGAAGGUAAACGGCAUUUCCGUGCGCUGCUCUGGUUCACCAGAAGCAGCUUAGUCAUGCUGGCCACAUGACCCGGAAGCUGUACGCCGGCUCCCUCGGUCAAUAAAGCGAGAUUAGUGCCGCAACCCCAGAGUCGGCCAUGACUGGACCGAAUGGUCAGGAGUCCCUUUACCCUUUACCUAGGGCCUCAGGGAGUUGGCACCUAUGGUGUGGAAAGUGGUGUUUUGGCGAAGGGGGUAGGUGGGUUUGGUGAGCAAAGAGCUUAGUGGGGAGGAAUGAGGGUUUGGCAAUGUGUAGAGAUGGUUGGCAAGCAAAGCAAGCAGGGUCACAGCCCCUAUCAGUGUCACAGGGCCAUCAGAGAGCCCCUAGUGGAUCAGACCAAAGGCCCACCUUGUCCAGCCUCUUGGGGCUGCUAUGGGAAGCCAGAAGCAGAACCUGGGUGCAACAGCCCUCUCUCCGUGUGUCAUUCUCAGCAACUGUUACUAAGCGGCAUAAUGGGGGCAGAAAGAGCCAUCAUGGCUAAUAACUGUCAAUAGCCUUAUCAUUCAUGUCGGACGCUUACAUUUCUCUUGCAGCUUGUUGUCCAGGAGGAAGAAUUUCAGAAAGCUACCAUUCAAGGGAGGAGCAACCCAAGUUCUAAUACAUCGUGCCCUGCCGCAGAAGGUUUGUGGCAUUCAAGUGGGGCUUCUGCAGAUAACAUGAGAAUCAGCCCUCGCAUAAACGGGGGUGGAGGCACCAUAGUGCAUUGCAGGAAGCCGCUCAUCAAUUUUUGUUGUUGUUGUUAAGGCUUGAAGUUAAAAGGGAGAGACAGAAGAGGUGUCACCCUGCUGCCUGUUAGGUUUGUUUAAUCAUGUGGCGUAUGAAAUAAGCUGGUGACUGACAAGCACUGCCUUGAUUUCUAAGAAAGUUGAUGUAGAUGCCACCUGAUAAAUGCCAGGGUGUUUAACCUCACUUGUUUGAGUCCAUUUCCUCUCCGACUUCUGCUGUCGUAUCAUUUCCCGCCUCUAAGGCGCACGGUGAUGUCAGCUACAGCCACAGACUCCUUUGUGAUGGCCUCACUUCCUGCCCAGUUCUGCAUCAGGUUUGCAUGGUAGGCAGCUCCUUCGUGCCACUUCAAACCACGGCUGCAGCGGGUUGCGCUUUCCUCUUCUGCUUAGGAUAGCCGCAUUCUUGUGGCACCUCCUGUCCUGUGCCAUUUGAUAAAGCAUAGAUGCAAAAGGGUGAAGCAACAGAGUGAGUAUUGGGAAAAGAUGACCCGUGCCAGACAGGCCCAUUUACUGAGCAUUUGCCCUGAUGGUUUUGCACAGGGUUUAUACAGUGUCACCAUCAAGUGGCAGCUGCCAGUGCUUUUCCUAUUAGUACUUUUCUUACCACAGACCAAUACUGUGGGCGGGAUGGGGAUAGAAGGUUGAAAACAGGUUUAUUGUGCAAGAGCACCUCAGUGCUGUUGCUUGCUCGCAAUGCACCUGCUUUCUUGGGGGGUUAGAAUCAUAGAAUCAUAGAGUUGGAAGAGACCACAAGGGCCAUCGAGUCCAACCCCCUGCCAAGCAGGAAACACCAUCAGAGCACUCCUGACAUAUGGUUGUCAAGCCUCUGCUUAAAGACCUCCAAAGAAGGAGACUCCACCACACUCCUUGGCAGCAAAUUCCACUGUCAAACAGCUCUUACUGUCAGGAAGUUCUUCCUAAUGUUUAGGUGGAAUCUUCUUUCUUGUAGUUUGGAUCCAUUGCUCCGUGUCCGCUUCUCUGGAGCAGCAGAAAACAACCUUUCUCCCUCCUCUAUGUGACAUCCUUUUAUAUAUUUGAACAUGGCUAUCAUAUCACCCCUUAACCUCCUCUUCUCCAGGCUAAACAUGCCCAGCUCCCUUAGCCAUUCCUCAUAAGGCAUCGUUUCCAGGCCUUUGACCAUUUUGGUUGCCCUCCUCUGGACACGUUCCAGUUUGUCAGUGUCCUUCUUGAAUUGUGGUGCCCAGAACUGGACACAGUACUCCAGGUGAGGUCUGACCAGAGCAGAAUACAGUGGCACUAUUACUUCCCUUGAUCUAGAUGCUAUACUCCUAUUGAUGCAGCCCAGAAUUGCAUUGGCUUUUUUAGCUGCCGCGUCACACUGUUGGCUCAUGUGAAGUUUGUGGUCAACCAAGACUCCUAGAUCCUUUUCACAUGUACUGCUCUCUUUUUUCUUUUCUUUUUUUUUAAUAAUUUUUUAUUAAGGUUUUAAACAAAGAAAAAAGAAAAACAACACACACAAAAAACAAUACAAAACUUAACAAUAAAAACGAAACAUAACAAUUAAAAACAAACUCUCUUUUCCAUUUCCAAUUUUAGAUUACUUAUUUUCUGGACUUCCUCAUACCUCCUUUUUUUGUAUUCCAAUCCACAUUAUUUGUCCAGCAGUUUCUUUUCCUCUUUUUAAUCCCAAUCUUUAAUUUAAUAAAAUGUUAAAAUAUAUAACUUCAACUUUUUAAACCUAAUCCUUGCUCUUAAUGUCAUAUAGCUUUAAAUUUUUCCCUUUUAUUAUCAAAUUUCCAUUUCUUUAAACAUCUUUAAUCUUAAUCUUUAAUCUUAAUCUAUCCUUAACUUUAACCUGUACAGCUGGAAAACUUAUUUUCAAUCCAACAUCACUCUAACAUUCCUUGAUUUUGCAGUGUUUCUGAAGAUAGUCUUUGAAUUUCUUCCAAUCUUCCUCCAUCGACUCUUCUCCCUGGUCACGGAUUCUGCCAGUCAUUUCCGCCAAUUCCAUAUAGUCCAUAAGUUUCAUCUGCCAUUCCUCCAGCGUGGGAAGUUCUUGUGUCUUCCAAUACUUUGCGAUGAGUAUUCUUGCUGCUGUUGUUGCAUACAUAAAGAAAGUUCUAUCCUUUUUAACACCAUUUGGCCCACUAUGCCCAGGAGAAAGGCCUCUGGUUUCUUGGGGAAGGUAUACUUAAAUACCUUUUUAAUUCAUUAUAUAUCAUUUCCCAGAAAGCCUUAAUCUUUGGGCACGUCCACCAAAGGUGAAAAAAUGUACCUUCAGUUUCUUUACAUUUCCAACAUUUGUUAUCGGGCAAGUGAUAGAUUUUCGCAAGCUUGACUGGGGUUAUGUACCACCUGUAUAUCAUUUUCAUAAUAUUCUCUCUUAAGGCAUUACAUGCCGUAAAUUUCAUACCUGUGGUCCAUAACUGUUCCCAGUCAGCAAACAUAAUGUUAUGUCCAACGUCCUGUGCCCAUUUAAUCAUAGCCGAUUUUACCGUUUCAUCCUGAGUAUUCCAUUUCAGCAGCAAGUUAUACAUUCUUGACAAAUUCUUAGUUUUGGGUUCUAACAAUUCUGUUUCUAAUUUGGAUCUUUCCACCUGGAAGCCAAUUUUCCUGUCCAAUUUAAAUGCCUCCAUUAUCUGAUAAUAAUGAAGCCAGUCUCGCACUUUGUUUAUAGUUUUUCAAAACUCUGCAAUUUCAGUCUAUCUCCGUCUUGUUCCAAAAUUUCCCAAUAUUUCGGCCAUUUGACCUCCAUAUUGACCUUUUUCAAGGCUUUCGCUUCCAUUGGUGACAGCCACCUUGGGGUUUUAUUUUCUAACAAAUCCUUAUAUCUUAACCAAACAUUAAAUAGCGCUUUCCUGACAAUGUGGUUUUUAAAUGCUUUAUGUGCUUUGACCUUAUCAUACCAUAAAUAUGCAUGCCAUCCAAAUACAUUAUUGAAACCUUCCAAGUCCAAAAUGUCAGUGUUUUCAAGAAGUAGCCAUUCUUUCAACCAGCAAAAGGCUGCUGAUUCAUAGUAAAGUUUGAGGUCUGGCAGGGCAAAUCCACCUCUUUCCUUUGCAUCUGUUAGUAUUUUAAAUUUUAUUCUAGGCUUCUUGCCCUGCCAGACAAAUUUAGAGAUAUCUUUCUGCCACCUCUUGAAACAAUCCAUUUUGUCCACGAUCUGCAAAGUUUGAAACAAGAACAACAUUCUAGGCAAUACAUUCAUUUUUAUCGCAGCAAUACGGCCUAGCAGUGAAAGCUUCAAAUUUGACCAAAUUUCUAAAUCUUUUUCACUUCUGACCAACAUUUUUCAUAAUUAUCUUUAAAUAAAUUCCCAUUUUUGCUGUCAUGUUAAUCCCCAGGUAUUUAACUUUCUUAACCACUGUUAAACCUGUCUCAUUCUGAAACCUCUCUUUUUCAAACGGUGUUAAAUUUUUCUCUAGAACCUUGGUUUUUGACUUGUUCAAUUUAAAUCCUGCCACUUGACCAAAUUCUUGAAUCAGUUCUAAACCCUUUUUGUACUAGAUUCUGGCUCCUGUAACGUCAAUACUAAGUCAUCUGCAAAUGCUCUCAAUUUAUAAUGUUUAAUUCCGACCUGUAUACCCUUAACCAUCUGGUCCCUUCUAAUCAUAUUCAGCAGAACCUCCAGGACCGAAAUAAAAAGAAGUGGGGAAAUUGGGCAACCUUGUCGUGUCCCUUUUUCAAUUUUAAGUUCUUCCGUCACAACAUUAUUUACAAUUAGUUUAGCCUUUUGUUCUGAAUAAAUUGCACUUACACCAUUCUCAAAACCUUGGCCUACCCCCAUACCCUGAAGAUUCUUCUUCAUGAAAUUCCAAGAAAUAUUGUCAAAGGCUUUCUCCGCAUCUACAAAUAUCAACACUGCUUUAGUGUUUAUAUUCACUUCUAAUUUUUCCAAAAUAUCAAUUAUAUUCCUCAAAUUAUCAGACAAAUGUCUUCCUGGGAGAAAGCCCGCUUGGUCUUUAUGAAUCUCUUCCAACAGCACUUUUUUAAAUCUCUUUGCCAAAAUAUCUGCAAAAAUUUUGUAAUCCACAUUAAGUAAUGAUAUAGGGCAGUAGUUCUUAAGUUGUGUCUUUUCAGUCUCUGUUUUUGGUACAAGUGUAAUAUAUACUUCUUUCCACGACUCUGGUGCCCUCUUCCCCUCCAUAAUUUCAUUACAGACCUCUUUCAAUGGUUGAAUUAACCAUUCUUUUAAAGAUCUGUAGUAUCUAGAGGUCAAGCCGUCUGGUCCUGGAGAUUUACCCAGUUGCAUAUUUUGAAUGGCACCUUCUAUUUCCUGUUCAGUUAUUCUGUCAUUCAAAAUUAGUCUCUUUUCUUGAGAUAUUUUUGUAGUCCAUUUGUUUUCAAAAAUUGGUCUAAAUCUGUUUCUUUCACUGGCCCUUGAGUAUAUAGUCUUUUAAAAUACUUCUGGAAACAACUUCUAAUCUCUGCAGGGUUCUGUAUAUUCCUUCCUUCCACUUCUAAAUUCGUAAUCGUAUUUAAUUUUUGUCUCUUUUUCAUUUGCCAUGCCAACAAUUUACCACAUUUAUUAGCCGAUUCAAAAGUCUUUUGUCUCAUUUGUUUAAUCUUCCAUUCUAUUUCCUGAUUCAUUAUUUUCAUAUAUUGUACUUGAUAUAACUUUAACUCUCUCAGAAUCUCUUGAGAUUUGGGAUUUACUCGCAGUCUUUUUUCACAUUCAUUCAUUUUGUUCAUAAUUUUAUCCUUCUUUUCAUUUUGAGUUUUUUUCUUUAUCGCAUUCUGUUGUAUUAAGAACCCUCUCAUAACAGCUUUACUUGCGUCCCAGAUUACUCUUUUCUCCACGUUGGAACUAAGAUUUAUCUCGAAGUAAUCUCUUAGAGUUUUUUGGGCCUUCUUAAGAAAUUCUUCAUCUCUAAAUAAGGUGUCAUUCAUCUUCCAUCUGAAGGAGCCAGUUGGUGUUAGUCUCAUUUCCAUCUUAACUGCAUUAUGGUCGGAGCAAAUUUUCAGGCAGAUUUCCACCUUUCUUGUCUUUGGUGCCAUUCCUCUAGUUAUCCAAAUUUGGUCAAUUCUUGUCCAAGUCAUUUUGGCUUCAGAAAAGAAAGUUCCCUCUUUUGCCAAGGGGUUUCUAAUUCUCCAAAUAUCCACUAAGUCCAAGUUGUCUGUCAUGUCAAAAGGUUUUCGGUAGUCUACCAUCUUUGGUGACUACCUGUCUUUGUGCCUUGUCCAUAUAAGUAGAUACCACUCCAUUCAUAUCUCCCAUCAAAAUCAUGUUAUAAUCCAUAUGGUCCAUCAAGGUCUCAUGCAACUUCUUAAAAAAAUCAGAUUUCCCAUCAUUUGGUGCGUAAACUCCUACAAUCAAAAAUUUUUCUCCUUGUGUUUGAAUUUCAAUUGCCACAAAUCUUCCUUGGUCAUCCUUAAAAACAAAUUUUGGUGAUAAAUUGUCUUUUGCGUAAAUCACAACCCCUCUCUUUUUAACUUUAUCUGACGAAAUAAAUUCCUGACCAAGUCUUUUAUUUAUCAACAAUUUCCUGUGUAAUCUUGUUAUGUGUGUUUCUUGUAAACAAAUUAGGUCCAAUUGUUCCUUUUUAAUAUAUGAAAUACUGACUUCCUCUUCUGAGGGAAUUCAAACCCCGACAGUUCCAUGUUAAAAGUUGCAGGGCCAUGAUGUUAUUGUUUUAGUUCUCCUCCUACUGCACCUAGUGCCUGUUCCUCAUCCGUCGGUGGUAUCCCUUCUUUCGAAAGGUCUUUUGGUUCCGGAGAUAGUUCUUUUUGUAGGUCUUCUCCGUGGUCUCUACAAAAUUUGUCUUUGCACAUGUACUGCUCUCAAGCCAGGUGUCACCCAUCUUGUAUUUGUGCCUCUCAUUUUUUUUGCCCAAGUGCAAUACUUUACAUUUCUCCCUGUUAAAAUUCAUCUUGUUUGUUUUGGCCCAGUUCUCUAAUCUGUCAAGGUCAUUUUGAAGUGUGAUCCUGUCCUCUGGGGUGUUAGCCACCCCUCCCAGUUUGGUGUCAUCUGCAAAUUUGAUCAGGAUGCCCUUGAGUCCAUCAUCCAAGUCGUUGAUAAAGAUGUUGAAUAAGACCGGGCCCAAGACAGAACCCUGUGGCACCCCACUAGUCACUCUUCUCCAGGAUGAAGAGGAACCAUUGAUGAGACCCUUUGGGUUCGGUCAGUCAGCCAGUUACAAAUCCACUGAGUGGUAGCAUAGUCAAGACCGCAUUUUACCAGCUUCUUUACAAGAAUAUCAUGGGGCACCUUGUCAAAUGCCUUGCUGAAAUCAAGGUAGGCUACAUCCACUGCAUUCCCUUCAUCUACCAGGCUUGUAAUUCUGUCAAAAAAUUACAAGUUAGGAAGGGUUAGGGUUAGGAAGCUGCACUUUAUAAUGGACGUAUCACCAGCAUCUACCCAGAUGGGUGAGAGAUGUAUGCCAAAAGGCUGAUAGUCUGUAAGUGAGAUAUAUAACCCAACCGAUCCAGCACAGAUCUGUUUUUAACCAGGUGGUCAAGGCCAACUCAAGGGGUACCACCCGUUGAGGCCCUUCCAACACUCACAUCCCCCCGCCCCAUUGAAGGCACUGCAGCUUCAUGGCUGGCAACCAACACCUUCCUGUCAUUGAACAUGGAUGGGUCAGAGGGCCAAGGACCAGCCAAGUAGCUUCAGGGCAUUUGGACCAAAGCAGUUGCCUGACAAUGCUCUGAGUGUUGCCUUGGGCUGUAGCUGUAAUCCUGUGCUCACUUCCCCACUGAAAUAAAUGGAGCUUAGCCAGCCAAACUGUGCAGGUGUUGCAGCCAAUGCAGUGAGGUCAGAAAGAGUGGAAAAGUUUCCCUGGAAGGUGACCUUUCGUCCCUUUGCCGAUUUCCCCCUACUACAUUGUGCUGGGGUACACAUUUGGUUCAAGUGUGGCAAUGCCCCACAGCCCUAUUGGCAAUAUUCCAUCAGAACUGGCUGUGCUCCCAAUAACAUGCACCGCUGCUCCAGAAUCUUCUGUCAUUCACAGGAGUUCCUCCUUAGCAGACAUUUCAAUGUUGAAAGGGUUGCCUGAAGGAGGAAAGCUAUUGUUUUAAUGUACUCUUUGUCUCAUGCUUUCUUUAGGCACAUCUGGAAAAGGAUGUCACAGGAUCAACAGAAAUACAGAACCCAGUAGAUCGUUGGACACGUCUCCAGCUGUGGUUCAGCAGCAGACGGCUUGCUGAUGUGUCUCUAAAGUAAAAUAUAUUACCAUCAUAGAGUUGGAAGGGGACUCAUUGUUUGAUGCGGGAAAUCCAGAGCUAGACCAUCCCCAACAGAUGGCCUCUGUUUGAAGACCUCCAGUGAUGGAGAGCCCAUCACCCCUCCAGGGAAUUGGUUUAUAUUGCCAAACUGCUCUUGCCAUCAAGAAGUGUCCCCUGGUUGGCCACCAUGGGACCUCCCAACUCUUUGUUCUAAUAUAUUAAAUUCCUUCUCUGCCCCAACUGUGUCAAGCAAAUCCCAAUGCUUGUUCUUCCCCCAUGUUGUUGAUAUCAAUUUUUGCCCAGUCCAAUGGCCAUCUCUCACAAGAUUCAGACAUUCACUUUUAAAAUGGUACAUUUGGGCUGAAGGAGGUUGAUUAGAGCUCAUCAGGGUUUGCCUGGAAUGAAAAUAAUGUUGUGCUCUUUAAAAAUCUUUUUGUGCUGUGUCAGGAUGAAUGCUCACACUCCCAAAGUGUUUAAUAAAUUUAAUAAGUUUAAUAAGUUUAAUAAAUGAGAAAAAAUUGAAUGGC